AUGGCGUAUCGCCGUGUACCGCCCCCUAGCGCUUUGGCGGGUCGGCGGCCUGGGCCGCCGCCAUCCUUUUUAACACCGCCAUCUUCCGGAACCAAUCGACCACCGCCCCCGUUUCUGACCCCGCCCGCUGUCAGCGCUGGCCGCGAGACGAGCGUUCACAGCAGCUCGCGGCCAGGACCACGGCCGGGAUCGGGACCCGCGGCUGCCGGUAUCGAGGAGUAUGGUGGUCCUGCCCGCCAUCCACGACCCGGGCAUCAUCCAGUCCCCGGUGGCCCUCCCCUGCCGUUCACGCGCCCUCCGGGUGCGCCAGCCUCCGACCUGCCCCUGCCCGUGCAGCCCCUUAAUCUACCUCCCGGGAUGCAGCCGCACAACGUCCCCCCCUCGAUUGCGGGAGUUCAACCUUACAACGUGCCACCUUCAAAUCUCCAACCUCACAACGUCCCGCCCAGCAUGCAAGGCCCUCCAUCCUCUGCCGCUACCGGCGCAGCGAUCCCUAGCCCUCGCCUGGGCCGCCUUUCAGCCGGCACCCCUCCAGGGCCGGGCCCAUCACGACCAGCACCAUGGGCCUCCGGCGCGUCCCGAGGGCCACCCCCUGGUCCCCCACCUCUGCCCAUGGCCGGUUCCAGUCCGCUCCGCAACGGCCCCUUCCCCUCGAGCCCUGUUGGAGGCCCUCCUCCCACCCAGCCUCCACCUCCGCACGCCCGCCCACACCUGCAUGGGCAUCCUCUCAACACCCUGCCACCACCUCCGAUGCGAACCGCAAGCAUGCAUGCAUCUCUGCCACCCACCCCCCUCUCUACUCCCAACAACAACGGUCCCUCCCCAAGGCCCCCAACCCGACGACCGCUGCGCCCACCGACCAACGUGCCUGCUGGGCGGCCCAGUUCGCCACUCGACCCAUCCUUGGCCUCAUUGCUGGACGACGCCGAGGCCAAAGUCAUUGGCCAUCUUCAUCGAGAUGGCUCCAUGGACACGCUCACCGCAGCAAUCCUUCAGCGCGUCCGCGAACACCAUGCCGAUCCCUUGUCACGCGCCGUCGACAGCGAAACCAUGCACUACCUCCAUGCCUACGGUGAAGCCGUCAACGAAGCUGCCCUGAAGACGGCCAUUCGCCCCCGCCUCGCCAGCUUCAUGUCAACACUGGUCGAGGAUGCUGCCCCUGUGGAUACUUUUCUGGCUCCGCAAGACAGGGUCCUGUCCACGGACACCGAAUCAGCCACAGACGUGGCACCUGUGCGGCGCCGUUCUGGUGAAGAUUCAGCCCCACCCCACGUGACGCCGCGCAUCAUCGAUACUUUGCUACACCGACGUGAAACCGCGAGCGGACCCAGCAGUCGCCGCUCAUCCACCUCGCAGCCAGCACUCGAUCCGGGUUCGGAUUCCCAAGAUGGCGAGCCUGCUGCCAAGCGCGUUCGCGCUCUGGCGACCUCCGAGCGAGGCCCCAAGGUGAACCCCUCGCCCGAUGUCAAGCAAAAGAACAAGGACAAGAAUCGCGGCCAGAACAAGGCGGACCAACUGCAGCACUGGAUUGCACGGUUGCAAGCCAUGGAACAACAAGAAACUGCCUGA